UUUGCGCGCUGCCGUUUGUAUGUGUGUGUGUGUUUACGUCUGUGUGUGUGUGAGGCGAAGCUCCGUUAAACGGAUUACUAGUGAGCUCGACUGUGAAAAAAACAUGCGUGCUGACGGCACAGACACUGGUUCGAGCCGCCCGUCGUCCACCACCUGUAGCCGCUGAGGUAUGAAGGGCAGGAAACAAAGGGCGGUCAAAGCUGGAAGCGGCAAAAGGAAAGUCCCAGGUGAUGUGUCCCCCUCCACCAGCCUCCCUCCCCUGGUCGAGGGUCAGCUGAGAUGCUUUCUGCGGCUGACAAUAAGCCGAAUAUUAUGGACAGUUCACAAGCCGCCGUCUUCGACGUUCGUCAGGCUCCGCUGGUGGGGAGAGUCAUCCAAUGGGACGCACUUCUUUCCGAGAGACGGGUCGCAGCUCUCGCAGAAGACCAUCAAGACCACAACUCGCUUUGCCAUUCGCUGUGGACCAAAGCAGUUCACCUCAUAUCUUACAGAUAUGGGCUCAUUGGUGCUGGAAGUUCAGACAAAUCCGGAUCAUUUGCCAAUCGCACGGGCUCUGGUGGCUGGUAUCUCCAGUCUCUCCAUGUCACACCCCAUUAGUGGAUUUUACACCCUUGUUUCUCCAACGUCUGAAAAGCUGGGAGAGCUGCAGGUUUCACUUAAUUUGGAACCUCUUACUGAAGCCUAUGACAGCAGCAGCUCGGGACCUCCCACCGAUAUCAGUGUUGAACGACCACAAGUCACCACACUGACUGUGGCCUCGCGGCCCAGAUCCCUCUCAGCGGGCAGCGGGAAAGAAUCGGUCGGGGGCAGCUGCGGAAACACACCGAGAGGGAAAGACCACCUAUAUUUCCAAAAACCCCAACGAGACGACGGCAAAGAAGAGUUGGUGGAGAACCGGAUGCCAGCAACUCAGGAGCCUUGUGGACAACCAACCAAUGAUAUCCUCUCAGUUAUUUUAGAUCGUGGGAACAAGCUUAGAAACGCUAUGGUGCUAUCGGCUUUGACAUGUGACAUGGAUUCUGCCCCAGCUCUGAAAGAUACCCCUCUGCCUCUCCCAAAGGACAACAUCCUACCCCCAUUUAAGCCUGUUCCUUCUCCCUCUGGGAUGUUCCUUCAAAAUAUUCUCCAUGCUGAUUCAUCUGUUAAACACUCUGAUGAUGUUGUCUCAGAAUGUGACUUGGACUGUGUUGCUGACUUGGACAACAGAGCUGUAGAUAUUCUGCUUGGCAGGUACCUCUUAAACACAUCUCCUCUGCCUCUCUGGGAUGGAGACGUCUUCUCUCCUGACACUCUGUCUGGCCACAGCAGUGUUUGUGGGGAUAGUGAGCUCAAUGAUCCACAAUACGAUACAAGCCUGCUGGAAAAUUUGUUCUACAAAACUCCUAUGUCAGACACCAGACCAGAUGACACGGAGCCAGUGGGUCAAGGACCAGUGUCCUCAAGUAAAAAUCUGCCAAAACAGCUGAUUCAGUCUGGACCUGAGAUUAGUGGAAGUCUAAAUUCAGAGCCUCAGCGCUCUGUGGAUGCUGCUGUUCUUCCUGGCCUGAGUGCAGAGCAGUUGACUCUGCUGAGUUUGAUCCGAGAGGCUCGAGUGACCAUCGACUCUCUGACUGUACCUACACACAGCACGACCACUACAUCCAGAAAGACCUCUACUCAAGGGAAACCUCCCCGACCAUUAGCCAGCGAAAAAUGCACUUAUUUUGUUGAGUACACGUUCCCGAUGGUGUCCACCUCCGGUAGUAAAGCUGGACAUGGGGAGGUGACCAGAGCUGUUUCCAGUAAAGUCACGGGAGGAGUGGUGAAGUUCCUCCAGCGCUCUGCGUUUCCUGUCCGUUUCGGCACAGCUGCAGUAAAGCAGUUGUGUCAAAUUGAUCUGAUUUUCAAGAUUUACUCACGAAGGAGCGACCAAAAGAAACCGGUUCCCAUCGGUAAAGCAGUUCAGCCGCUGCGUUGUCUGCUGCAGAGCAAGCAGCUGAGCCUGUCGCCUGUCAUCCUACCCGUACAGAGCCUGGAAGGAAACAGUGACACACAAGAGAUUGGACCUCUCGUGGUGUCACUAGAACUUGCUGCGGACAGUAAAAGUUUCUCCUCUGGAAAAAGCAAAAGCAAGCUGGCCCGGAGAGACGCAUCACCUUCACAAGUUGCACCCAGUCCACAGAGAGAGUUCGGCUCCAGAGUUCAGCUGGUUCAAACUGGCCGAGACGACUUUCCUUCUCACUCUUUAGAAGACUCCAGGCUCAAUGUCUGGAGUCCACCAAAACCCUUCAAAGAACCCUCUCCUCAUCACGAUCUCACAUCCCCUUAUAAAACAUGGCAGCAGGCGGAUGAGGACCCCAAGGUGCUGCUGCAUACCCUGCUCAUGGUGCCUGAUGGGAAGAACUUCAGCUUAAGGCCCUUGCAGGCUCCAAAUGUGUACUUGAACUGUAAACUCUUCUGGUGCGAUGAGAUGGCGAGAUCUGUUGUCAGCUGGGGUCAGGCAAACCCAUCUUUCAACUUUGCUCAGGUGACUCCUGUGGCCUUAACAACUAAGCUGUUGGAGCGGAUGAAGAAUAAUGUGAUGGUAAUCGAAGUGUGGCAGAAAAUGGGAAGCUCAGGGCAGGACCGACUCCUGGGCCUUGUCAAAUUACCUCUUCACCAGUUCUACAUGUCAUUUAGAGAUGAAAAGAUCACCCACCUUCUUCUCCAGGCUCAGUACCCUGUUUUAGGGGUGGACAGCUACAUGCCGGUCAUCGAUGUGUUCUCAGGAAGCUGUAAAGGAAACCUCAGGGUUCUUCUGGCAAUGGGGGGAUCGGAGCAGAUUAUUGCCCUCCAGCGCACCAGGGACGAGGAGUACGACAAUUUGCCUCAUCUCAUGAAACCAGUUAAUCUGCUUGAUCACCAGCCACAUUCACAAAAAAAGGCGAUGGCAGCACAAGAGGACGCAAUGAAAGAGCACCUGUUUGUGAUACGAGUGGAGAAGGUCAACGGGCUGAUGCCUCUGCAGUCUACAGUGUGGGGUGAAGCCGACUGCUACGUGCAGUACAGCUUCCCGUGUCAGGACGGUGACACCGCCACAACACUGGACCAGAACGUCAUUGAGAGCAGUGUAAACCUGAAGCCGUUUCGCACCACCACCACUCUCUGUCUGCCUGAUCCGGCGUUUGGCCACACUGAGACUCAUGUGCUUCUGGUUCCUGACGGAGUGCCAGUCCAGAGGUUGCUGCUCAGCUCCCUGUCCAGUCAAGGCCUCUGCAGUGGUGGAGGCGUCCAGUUUGAAGUGUGGUGCAGAUAUUAUUAUCCAAAUGUAAGAGAUCAGCUUGUGGCCAAAGGACUCCUUCCAUUGUCCAAGCUGUGUGCCAUGGUCACCAUGCAGAGACAACACCCCAAUGAGGCCCAAAUGUUCUCCCUCCCCCUGGUCCCCAGGACGGACAGUCCCACAGGACACCAGCCACAGCCCUCAGGCCAGCUCGAUGUCUGCAUUCGGUACAAGCACCGGCCUGUGAGACCUGAAGGGCAGACUGGCAGAGGAGCUGCCUCUCGUGUUGUGACGCUAGUGGUUCAAGUGCACAGAGGAUCAGGUCUGCAGGCAGCAGCAAGGGCAUUGUCAGAGCAAGACGAGAGGUUCAGCUACUUCGCCGGCGUGGGGGUGAACACAUAUGUCACCAUCCAGCUCUCCGUCUUGCCCGAGAGUGACAGGAGGUGUACCCGCACAGUUGCCAGGACCUUCUGCCCCGAGUUCGACCACUACACGGAGAUGUCCUGUGAUCUCCUGGUUCAGCGGAGCGGUGGAGAAACCUUCAGCCUGGCUGAGCAGCUGGAAGAGGCUUCUGCUGUCUUUAAUGUUUGGAACAGAGACAAUCGCAAAGCACUUAACAUUGCCAAGCCUAAAGACGUGAUGUUGGGCACAGUGAAAAUCCCACUUGCUGAUCUCAUCUACAAAAGAACAGGUAUUUCAGGCUGGUUCGGAGUGUAUACACCUCAGGAAACGAGUUCUCAAUACACGCAGCAGCAUGUCUUGGUCGGGGGCCUAGAGCUCUCCGUCAACUUUGCCCACCACUCAGACAGAGACAGAGUCAUUAAAGCUGCUCAGGGUUUGGGCUGGGUCAUGGCCCCGAGCGACUGUGAAAUGCAGGAUGAUGAUGAAGAAGCCUGGCAAGAAAAGGUGAAUAAACUCUCCCUGACUUUCUCAAUGCCCAGAGCGUGGAUGCCAGUCCACUGUUUGCUUCUGCCAGGCCACAGUGAUCUUCAGCGCUCCACCUAUUGCUACUUUAGAUACAAGUUUUACGACCAGGAGGCCUUCUGCUCUCAGAUGAAACACCCAUCCGUUGUAGAGGGUGGGGAGGACCGCCAGUCCACGGUGAGCUUUGAAGGAAGUAGAACUUUGGAGCUGAGGAGGACACAGCCUUUACUGUGGUAUCUACGAGAGGAGAGGCUGGAGCUGCAGGUGUGGGUUGCAUUCAAGAAGGACAAAACCAGAAGACCCACGGACACAGACCGGCUGGUUGGCUCGGCCUUUGUCGAUCUGUCCUCUCUUGCAAAGACAUCUGAGCAGAAGCUGACGCUCAGUGGCGUGUAUCCACUGUUCAGACGCUCUGCAGCAGAUCUGCAAGGGGCAGCUCUCAGGGUGCACAUUGCCAUGACGGCAGCCUCCGUCACUAGGGAGCAAUCUGCUGGAGCUGACACCCAGGUGGACUCUGACAGCCGGGGGGAGCUCUUAUCAGACGAGGUGGAAAUGGCAGAUCGCCCCACCUCGCCCAGUACGCCCAAAAAAUGCACACGCAAGAUCAAAUCCCCCAGAACCACCCCAGACAUCACAUCUGUGCAGCACACAGAAAUGAGCCUGCAUGAAUCUUUCCCUGUGACUGUCACAGUGGACCGGGCUAUGCACCUGAAUCUGAAAGGCUGUCCUCUAGCUGAGCGCAGUGAGGGCACGCCGUGCUGCUGUGUUUCAUACGUCACCGCUGACUCUGCUGAACCAGUGUCCACAGCUGUCAUAGCCGACACCGACUGCCCCGUGUGGGACCAUCAACAUGAGUGCAGGCUUUCAAAACAGCUACUGGUUGAUCCACAGCAAUCGCUCGUAUUCAAAGUUUGGCACAAAGGAGAAAUGGAGAGGGUGCUGGGAUUUGCCUCUGUCGACCUGUCCCCUUUACUGUGUGGGUUCCACUCUGUGUGUGGCUGGUACAACAUCACAGACUUCAGCGGUCAGUGCCACGGCCAGCUCAAAGUGGCCGUCACGCCGCUGAGGGGCGUCCGGGACCUCCGGGGACAGAGAAAAACCGUGAAUGAUGAAGCUGCCAAAAACUCAACUACUUCAUUUCAGGCCCUUCCUCUCAGCUAUCAUACCACAGCCACCUACAGUAGCUUCCCCGCUCACAUCAGCCGCUACCCUGAGCAGAAGAUCUCGUCACCCGACCAAACUGACAGGCUGUUUCCAAAAAGGUCCAAUGAGAGUGACUCUCAUUUUGAGCACAUGGACAAAGUUCGUCUUUACCAUCAGAGUCUGCAGGAGCAAACAGCUGCUCACUCCGUGUGUAGCAGCAGUGCAGGCGACAUCAGUCCCUCCAGCUCGUUCCUGUUUUCAGCACUCAGGAAAAAACUAAGCGAGCUCGACAACAUCCAGAGAUAUUUCAGUAGCAAGCUUACCACUCCCACGUUCCCAUCUAUGAGCGAGCUAAACUGUCGCAACCAACCCGAGGAGCAGAGGGCGUCGAAGAUGGACACGAGCCGGCUCCUCGUGAAGUCCAAUCAGUUAGUCGGAGAAGUCAACAAUAUCAUCAGCGUUCUACGAGGACAUGACCUGGAAACGAUUCCCUCCGACCCUCAGAGCAGCUCAACAACUUCCUCUGGUGGAGACAACAACCCUCAGACUAUCUCCAGUCUACGCAGAGCUUCAAAUUCUUCCCAAGAAGAUGCGUCUACUCUGCCUCUUCCAAAGAUGUCUGAAGACCAGACUCCAGACUCUGAGGCUGAGGAAGAAAAGGACAGACGACACUACGACGUCACUGUGUCCGAGGAUGAAAAGGAGGAAAGAACAGGUGAGGACGAAGACUGCAUACUGGACCAGGGAGCUGAUGAUGAUGAUGAAGGGGACAAUGACGAUUAUGAGGAGUUUGUGGUGAAGCCGAGGCAUCUUAAUGAGGUUACCUCUUUAACGGACAAAACCAGUCCUUGGACCAGCAUCCACUCAGACCCUGACGUGGUUUCUUUGGAGAGCCCGGAGGCACCAGAGGAGCCGGACCUGAGUCAGGACGAGGACGACAUGGAGCAGAUGGUAAAUCUGGAAGCUCAUGAGUCCAUUGGGAAACAUGAACAUGCAACAGGAGAGGCGAAUGACAGUUUUUGUCAAUCAUCGGAAGACAUUUCAGACACAGAGGGAGAUGAUGAAAGGACGCUACACGCUCCAGAUGAAAGACAAACAAAAGAGUCCAAUGGCCCCAACAAGGAGUCAUUUGACACAGGUCCUCCGCCCACCGUACAGCACGCCACAGAUACGCCUGGCGUAUCCCUGGAUGAUCAACACUCACAGCUCCAAACCUCGGUCCCUGUGGGCGUCCCUAACUUUUUCCUCCCCUCUCACCAACUGGAGGCGUCUAUGAGGACCAUUCGAUUAGCUCCGUGCUUCUCCCAGUCGUCCAGUGACCCGCAUUCUUGAUGGUUGAUUAUUCUUCAUUUGCAUAUCACUGCAGCUCAGAAUAACGUGAGACAACUUUCAGAUGAUAGUUAGAAAAUAAAAAUGUUGUAAUCCACACUGUUGGAUAUAUUCCGAAUGAAACAUUUCAGUCAGAUAGAUGUCAUCAGGCAUCAACUACUUUAUCUUCACAAUCUUCCUCUUUGCUUUGGAGGCGGAAACAGUCUGACAUUACCUUUAAAUGUGCAUCACAUUUAAAAAGCAUAUACAUAUCUGACGAAAAAACAAACUACUAAACAAUGAAGACAUAGGAUUUAAAAAUUAAAUUGACCGAAAUACAGAACCUUGUGUUCAUAUUUAGUCAAAGGUUUGUCAAGACCAGACUCUGUCUAGUUGACAUUUAUUUUACCAUAUAAAAAAUUUUCAAACCAUGAAAAUAUAUUUGCAAGUAAAAGAACAAAUAUGUACUAAACAACACAGAGAAAUCCAAAUCCAUUUAAAAAGCAUCCAAAAUUUGUUGUUUGACUUUUACAUUUUUUAUUGAAAUGUAUUAUAAUAUUAAUGGAUCUUAAUUAAAAUAAAAGAUUUUUACUAUUUUCAAGGUUAUUGUAAAAAAAAGGUAAAUAGAAGCAUUUUGUUGUAUAAGUGUAUAGAUAUGAACUAUUGAGUCACCUCACUGAUUACACACUUAACUUAUAUUAUAUUAUUCACUGCGCCCCACUGGAUUAAAGUCUGAAAAACAUCAUAUUUAUUUAUCCCCAUAAUUAAUUGUAAAUAUAAAAAAUACAUAUAAUUAUAAAGUGAAAAAAACUUUUUAUAUAAUUAAAAACUAGUUCUGCCGACAAUGUGUGAAUGCACGUUUAAGUCAGCUAACCCCUGUGUCUUUAAUGUAACUUCCGUUAUUUACACUAUGACUUAAACUGUUGGUUUAGGUUUGUUUGUAAAUGUCUUUGGGGCUGCAACAAAUGUUUUUCUUCUAUGAUUAAUAAUGAUGACGC